ACCAGUUCUUUGGCGGCUGUUCGAAAGAGAAGGUAUCAAGAAAGGUUUCUGGGAGAAUUUGGGAAGAAGGGGUCUCUCUAAUCAGACUUAGUUCAAUAUUUUCACAAACGCUCGUGAGUGGAUUGUAAUUGACCUGAAGAAGCAGCACCCUAUGAACUACAUCUGAACAAUGGAGACAGCUCUAGCAAAAUCACCAGUGAAAAGGCAAGUCGUUUUUCUUACUAUGCUGUUGCUUUUGUGGGAGGCUGACUGUAAGACAAUAAGAUAUUCCAUGCCAGAAGAAAUGGAGACUGGCUACAUGAUGUCUAACCUUGAAAAAGAUCUGGGGCUCAAGGUGGGGGAACUGGCCACCAGAGGGGCACAAAUCCAUUACAAAGGAAACAAAGAGCUCUUGCAGCUGGAUGCAGAGACAGGGAAUUUGUUCUUGAAGGAAAAACUAGACCGCGAGGAGCUGUGUGGGGCUACAGAACCCUGUGUGCUGCACUUCCAGCUCAUACUGGAAAACCCUGUGCAGUUCUUCCAAACUGACCUGCAGCUCACAGACAUAAAUGACCAUUCUCCAGAGUUCCCGAACAGGGAAAUGCUCCUAACAAUUCCUGAGAGCGCCCAGCCAGGGACUGUGUUUCCUCUGAAAGCGGCUCAGGACCCUGACAUAGGCAGCAAUGCUGUUCAGAACUACACAGUCAGCCCCAACCUCCACUUCCAUGUCGUUACUCACAGUCGUGCUGAUGGCAGGAAAUACCCAGAGCUGGUGCUGGACAGAGCCCUGGACAGGGAGGAGCAGCCUGAGCUCACUUUAACCCUCACUGCUGUGGACGGUGGGUCUCCACCCAGGUCUGGGACCACCACAGUUCGCAUUGAAGUCGUGGACAUCAAUGAUAAUGCUCCCCAGUUUGUACAGUCGCUCUAUGAGGUUCAAGUCCCUGAGAACAGCCCCCUUAAUGCCUUAGUUUUGACGGUGUCUGCCAGGGAUUUGGAUGCUGGGAUAUAUGGGAAGGUAGUCUACUCUCUGUUUCAAGGCAGUGGGGUUUCUCUGCCAUUUGUAAUAGACAAAGUCACUGGAGAAAUUCGUCUGAGGGAAGAGUUGGAUUUCGAGGUUACUAGCCAGUAUAACAUAGAAAUCGCAGCCACGGAUGGAGGAGGCCUUUCGGGGAAAUGCACUGUGGCUGUGCAGGUGUUGGAUGUGAAUGACAACGCCCCUGAGCUGACUAUCAGAAAGCUCACAAUCCCUAUCCCAGAAAACUCCCCGGAGACUGUAGUUGCUGUUUUCAGUGUUUCUGACGCAGAUUCCGGAGACAAUGGAAGAAUGGUGUGUUCUAUUCAGAACGAUCUCCCAUUUCUUUUGAAGCCCACAUUCGAGAACUAUUACACUUUAGUGACAGAGGGGCCACUGGACCGAGAGAGCAGAUCUGAGUACAACAUCACCAUCACAGUCAGCGACAUGGGAACACCCAAACUCACAACCCAGCACACCAUAACAGUACAGGUGUCCGAUGUCAACGACAACGCCCCCGCUUUCACACAAAGCUCCUACACCCUGUUUAUCCAAGAGAACAACAGCCCCGCCCUGCACAUAGGCAACAUCAGCGCCACAGACUCAGACUCAGGCUCCAAUGCCCACAUCACCUACUCACUGAUGCCCACCCACGACCCACAGCUGGAUCUCUCCUCGCUCAUCUCUAUCAAUGCUGACAAUGGGCAGUUGUUUGCGCUCAGGGCUCUGGACUAUGAGGCCCUGCAGAGCUUCGAGUUCCGCGUGGGCGCCACAGACCAAGGCUCGCCCGCGCUCAGCAGCCAGGCGCUGGUGCGCGUGCAGGUGCUGGACGCCAACGACAAUGCGCCCUUCGUGCUCUACCCUCUGCAGAACGCCUCUGCGCCCUUCACAGAGCUGCUACCCAGGGCGGCAGAGCCAGGAUACCUGGUCACCAAGGUAGUGGCCAUAGACAGCGACUCAGAACAGAAUGCCUGGCUGUCAUUUCAACUGCUCAAGGCCACGGAGCCUGGACUGUUCAGCGUGUGGGCUCACAAUGGCGAGGUGCGCACCUCCAGGCUGCUGAGUGAGCGCGAUGCGCCCAAGCACAGGCUGCUGCUGCUGGUCAAGGACAAUGGCGAUCCUCCGCGGUCUGCCAGUGUCACUCUUCAUGUGCUGCUGGUGGAUGGCUUCUCUCAGCCCUACCUGCCUCUGCCCCAGAUGGAGCGCAAUCCAGCUCAAGAGAAUGAGGACAGACUCACGCUGUACCUUGUCAUUGCCUUGGCAUCUGUGUCUUCGCUCUUUCUCUUGUCUGUGCUGCUGUUCGUAGGAGUGAGGAUGUGCAGGGGGGUCGGGGGAGCCUCGCUGGGUAGCUGCUCUGUGCCUGAGGGACACUUUCCUGAACACCUGGUGGAUGUCAGUGGCGCUGGGACCCUGUCACAGAGCUACCACUAUGAGGUGUGUCUGACUGGAGACUCUGAGACUGGUGAGUUCAAUUUUCUCAAACCCGUGAUUCCCAACUUACUGCUUCAGGAUGCUGGGAGAGAAGUCAAGGAAACUCCUCACUGCAGGGAUAGCUUUGUCUUCAGUUAACUGUUGUAUCUAGUUCAGUGAAUUUAUUUUUUGUCAAAUCUCUAACAAUAUGGUUCUCUUAAGAAAAUGAGUCACUUUAAUCAAAGUAUUGGCAUUGUAUUGAAACAUAUGCAUGUUCUCCAUUGCUAAAAUGUGUUUUUUUUCUUUCUUGCUCUUUUUAGUUAUUUCAGGUAUAGUGAAUAUUAAGAACAUAAAUUUUUCUAUAUUUCACCUUAAUGUUUAACUUUAGCUCAAGUAUUAUGCAACAAAAUGAAUUCACUUUCCCUGUUUUGUGUGUGAGUGGGUUUUUUUUUUUGCCUGUUUGGUUUUCUUUUUUAAAGACAGGUUCUCACCAUGUAACUCUGGCUGUCCUAGAACUCACUGUGUACUUCAGACAGCCUCCAACUGUUAGACAUUCAUCUCUCCGUCUCCCGCAUGCUGACUACUUUACUGUUUUCACCCCAAAAUUUCAAGUUUUUAUGGCCCAGGUGUUCACGGUUUUUUGAGUUAUGUUAUUGCCAUUGGAUAUUAAAUCUAAGACCUUGUAUGUGCUAAUCAUCCAGUCUGUUAGUGAGCUUCACUCACAGCUGAAAUUCCUUAUAAUUAUUACUAACAAGCAUAGUUUUCUUCCAAUUAUAAACAUUCCCUUGUUAAAUAUCAAGACACUAGA